CCACCUCGCUGUCCACGCCCCCGGGAGCUCUGGUCCGCAGUGGCGGAAGUGACGCCAGACCAGGCCAGAGGGCUUAGUCGGGGGACCCUCACAGUCGCUCGCGGCCGCACCCUUAAUCAGUUCGGAGCACCAUGGCGCCCCUCCUCUUCCUCGUCUUCAUCUUGCAGGCCGGGAGCAAGGCUGAGAUGAGCACCGCGGACCCGGAGCUGUCCUCGGUGCCGAAACCAACCAGUGUUACAAUUGAGGCCUACAACUUGAAUGCCGUUCUGUUAUGGGAAUACCCACUCAUGCCACUUGUGCCUGUGUUUACUGUACAGGUUAAGACCUACAGAGAUGCAGUAUGGAUUGAUGCCUGCAAUCAAACAAUUCAUCAUUAUUGUAAUAUCUCUUACAUAAUAAAUGAUCCAUCAAGUCCUCUCUGGGCCAGAGUUAAAGCUAGGCUUGGACAAAAAGAAUCAGCCUAUGCUAUGUCCAAAGAAUUUAUUUUGUGCCAACAAGGGAGGAUUGGACCACCGAAACUGGGUAUCAGAAAGAAGCAAGACCAGAUCAUUAUUGACAUAUUUCAUCCUUUAGCUGUUAUAAAUGGAAAAGAACCAGAAGCCAUAUAUGAUGAAGAAAAUAAUUGUCACAUGUUCAUGUACAAUGUAUAUGUGAGGAUAAAUGGAAGUGACACCACAGAUAGAACGUACAUACAGAAGGAAGAUGAUUGCAAUGAGACUCAGUGCCACUUGAGUAUCCCAGUGUCCCCACUGAAUUCUAAGUACUGUAUUUCAGCAGAAGGAGUCUCAGAUAUAUGGGCUGUCACAACUGAAAAGUCCAAAGAAAUCUGUGUUACCAUCAUUGAUGAAAACAGAAUAGAAGAUUCUAUUUGGAUUCCAGUUGUUGCUGCUCUGGUACUCUUUCUAGUACUUACCCUGCCAUUUGUAUAUUGUCUCAUUAAGAAGAUCAAUCCAUUUAGUAGAGGAAGCAUCAUGUUACCCAAGUCCUUGCUAUCUGUGGUAAAAAAUGCCUCAUCAGAGACAAAAUCUGAAUCAAAAUACAUAUCACCCAUUACCUACCAACCAAUUGUCCCAGAAAAUGAGAAGGUGAUCUGGGAAGAGCAGUUGUCUGCCGCAACAAUUUCAGGUGUGCACACUGAGGACAAUCCAGGAGAAGGAGAACACACAGAAGAACUUUCUAGUGAGACAGAAGUGGUGACCACUGAAGAAAAUACCUCAGACAUGUCAGCCUCUGGGAGCCCUCUGCCCCCAGAAAUGAGAGAGGAUUGUACCCAUUCCAGUAGCGACCAGUCUGAGCCCUGCAGCACUGCUGUAAAUGCGUAUCACUCCAGAAAUGGUUCUGAUAGUGGCCUUGUGGAAUCGGACAGCUUCUUAUCUGACUCAGAAGUUUCCUCAAGUAAUAAAACUGAAAUAAAGACAGAAGGCCAAGAGUCCAUAACACUGAGAAACACUACCACCUCCUUUGGUUAUGAUAAACCGCAUGUUUUAGUGGAUCUGCUGGUGGAUGAAGGUGUUAAAGAUACCUUGAUUGGCUACAGACCUACAGCAGAUUCCAAAGAGUUUUCAUAAGACCAUCCCAGGACAGAGCAGCUUACCCAUGCAAGCAGUAGCCAGUCUGAGCCCUGCAGCAUCGCUUUAAAUGUGUAGCCCUGCAGCCCUGCAGCCCUGCAGCAAUCAGGAUGCACCAACUUUGAAGGAUCUGAUUUUCCUGAACAGUUUCUCUGCUUUGGUAUCAUGAAAAGGGGAUGGUGCCUAGAGACUGUAGCUUUGUUGAUGUUACCCAAAUAGAGCAUCUUGAUCUAGAUAAAAAUGUAAAGAUCCUAUUUGGGACUGUCUCAUUUGGUAUGAAGACUGCAAAGACUUAAAAAACACACAAAACAACUAUUGUCACAUAUGACCCUUUCCAUCUGGGUGGGUUAGCAGUAACAGUGAACAUGCUCUAAUAACUGCUUCUUGUGAUAGAGGUAACAGAGGUGACACCCCAAGGCUCCUUCUGACCAUUUCAAGACAUAUAAGGUGCAUUUUCUGUCUCAGUAUUUGUUUUUGGAAGAUGGUAUAUAGACUAUAUAUAUACUAUUUUUUUAUUGAAAUAUAGUUUAUAGUAUCCUGGUUUCAGAUGAACACCUUAGUACCUCGUCAGUAUUCUACACUAUCAAAUGAACACCAUGAUAGGUAUAGUUACAUCUGUCACCGUACAAAGAUACAAUGUUAUGAGCUAUAUUCUCCCUGCUAUAUUUCCAUUCCCUGUGACAAAAUUGUUUUAUAAUUUGAAGUUUGUAGUGUGUACAAUUUUUAAACAGUUACUUUCAGAAGAAAUUCUGGAAGCUUUUCAAAAUUGCAUUUAAAAUCUAUUCAUAAAUAGAGUUCAUGAAGAACAUGUAAAUAGAAGUGUAUAUAAUCUAUAUGGAACAUUAUGUUCAAAGAUCUGUAAAUAAAGUUUUUUAAAAUUCA